AUGGGUUUAACACUUCGCUCUCUGCUUCUGGCAGCCUCGGCAACGCGGGCCUUCGCAUCAUGUGCUCACGGGACAUUCCUCCGUCCUCGUGCGGAAAACGGGACAGUGGAAGUGGGCAAGUUUGGAUACAGCGGCAGCAUUGGCCCGCUCAACUGGGCAGCACUUGAUGCACCAGCCAACGCUGCAUGCGCGACCGGUACCCGGCAGUCGCCCAUCGAUAUGGUGGAGGGUGUGUUCACUGUGCUUCAGGGGUCGGAGAUCGAGUUGACAGUCAACGAUAUGCCGGAGGGUGCCGAAUUCGAGAACCUGGGAACCACUGUGGAGGUUAUCACUCAGGGGGGCACAUUGAAGGUUGGAGAGAAGCAGUUCGAGCUGCAGCAGUUUCAUUUCCACCUGCCCUCGGAGCAUCUGGACGCUGGCAAAAGUCAAGCGAUGGAAAUGCACAUGGUCUUCCAAUCCGCCGGGACCCAGGAAAUCGCCGUCAUCGGCACCUACAUCAACAUCGCAGAUCAAGCCGCUGCCCCAGCCACUCCUCCCGCUCCCCCCGCCGCGAAGCGUUCCCUGAGAAGCCGCAUCACCCGCCGUCAAGAAGCAACACCCCCUCCCCCUCUCCCAGCCACGGCCGCCACGGGCGCGACAGCACUCUUGGAAACACUCUUCAGCGUUGUCGAUCAGAUCUCCACCCCAGGCACCAAAGUCAAGACCCCGCCGCUGGUCAUGUCCGAGGUUGUCGACGUCCUGAAGGCCAACGCCUUCCAGAUCUACUCGGGCUCGCUCACCACGCCGCCCUGCAGCGAAGGGGUCAACUGGCACGUCUCGACCGCCCGGCUCGGUGUGACGCCUGCGAGCUUCACUAAGGUGAGGGACGUGAUUGGGUUCAACUCGCGGUACCCGCAGAACACGCCGGGCCAGCCGAACAUUCUGAUGCUCUCCGCUCUCGGGUCGGCGGCCGCUGCUGUUGCGGUUGCUGCGGCUCCUGCUGCGGCUCCUGCUGCGGCUCCUGCUGCGGCUCCUGCUGCGUGAGGAAGUAAAGAGGAAAGUGGGAAAGUGAUAGAAGGGGGUUGGGUGGGGCAGAGGGUGAGGGACGGAUGGCGCUAGUGAUAAUGGAAGAGAAAAGCCGAUGUAGACAAUGGAUGUUGUCAAGGUUGAAGCGUGAAAUCAAGCGAUAUGUCCGAGAUACCGAUGCUCCGGCAGCUGAGAUUUAUCCUUCCAUCUAUCAUGAUCCAUCUCUAUACUGUGUAAGUUGGAAUACCGCGUAGCCGUGAACUGCCAUGCAUUGCCCCCCAAAGAGCUGCAAGCCCCCAGCCCUACAUAGGAGACUUCCUUUGAUCUGUCACCCCAGAACGACUUAUACACUUCCAGUGCAUGUACAGACAAGUGUGCGAGUGCGGUGUGGGUAAUUGCAGCACAGAGCAUUCCAUCUCCA